AACCCGGGUUGCCCAAUCAGUGGUCAGGUGACUGGCUGCUCCGAAAAUCAGCGGAGUGUUUUGAGUUCUGAGUGAGAAGAAGUUUAUCUACACGGGAGACGGAGCGGACAAGUGGGAUAUUUGUGGAGUUUAUCGGUGUUUUGGAGCUGUUAUACGGAGUUGUUCAGUGCUGGACUUUAACUGAGCGCUGUUCGGGGCUCUUACUGGAUGUUUUAUAGUUAUAAAGGCUGGCGGUUUGCGGAGAGAGAAAGAGACAGAGCGAGGUUUCGGUUUUAAAGAGCCGGAGUGAAGCGGUGGGACACGGUCUGUUUACCAGCGAAAACUCUGACUUUAAAACCGGACUGGAGGAAAUUUGUGAUCGAUAAGUACACCAUAAACAGGACAUGUACCGUAGACAAUUCUAAAAACAUUAGAGAAAGAUUUUUAGUGGUUUAAAAGGAGUUUAAAGUGUCUUUGAGCGUGGUGUGGUCUAUCACUGAGAGGAACCUAGGUUAGGUUAGCAAGGUUAGCUAACUAAACCAGGCUUUAAGGCAUUUAAAUGGUUAUUGGAGCUGUCAUGGCUUCACUACAAAACUUAUUUUAAAAUUUUAAUAUAGUGCAUAUUGUAUCAGAUUACUGGUGCUUGUGUCUACAUUUUAAGGAUAAAACUAGAUAAACCUGUAAAUUAUAAUAAUUCCAUAACAAAAAACAACAGUGAAGUUAUUUUUGGUGAUGUGGUUUUAUAUUUGAAUCAGUUUAACCAGGUAAAGUCUAAAUUAGAUUUGGUUCAGUGUUAACCAAAUAACCUACCUUUACUACAAAAGGUAAGCUAAUAUUGUAACUUAAUAUAAUUUAUCUAAACAGUUCAGAGUAUAUAGUUAGCCAAAUUAAUGGAACCAACAGCCUUUGUUUAUACAGCUGUGGAAAAAAAUUAAGAGAUCACUCCAGUUUCUAAAUCAGUUUCUCUGAGUUUGCUAUUUAUUUAUUAUUAAUAGGUAUUAUUUAGAGCAUUUAUUUGCAGAAAAUGAGAAAUGGCUGAAGUAACAAAAAACGAUGCCAAGCUUUCAGACCUUAAAUAAUGUAAAGAAAACAUCAUAUUCAUACAAUUUUAAGAGUUCAGAAAUCAAUAUUUGGUCGAAUAAUCCUGGUUUUAAUCACAGUUUUUAUGCAUCUUGGCAUGUUCUCCACCAGUCUUACACACUGCUUUUGGAUAACCUUAUGCCACUCCUGGUGCAAAAAUUCAAGCAGUUUAGCUUGGUGUGAUGGCUUGUGAUCAUCCAUCUCCCUCUUGAUUAUAUUCCAGAGGUGUUCAAUUUGGUAAAAUCAAAGAAACUCAUAAUUUUUUAAGUGGUCUCUAAUUUUUUUCCUUGAGCUAAAUAUAGGCGAUAUAGGGGUAUAAAGUACUAGAGACAGACUUGAGUAAAAGCACAUGUGCUCUAUCAAAAAACUGAAUUGAGUAGAAGUGCUUCUUUAGGCACCAAACUUAAGUGAAAGUACUAAUAUAUUUAAAGUUUCUAAGCCUUUUCUAAAAUAUGCUGUUCUGAAAGUAAAAGUACAGUACUGUGUUCUGUAGUAAUUACAAAAAGCAGUGAAAAAAAGAGCAAAAGGCAGAACGGGAGCAGAGUGGUUGUCUUAUGAGGUCAUCAUGAUCUCUUAAUUCACUCAAUGGUGAGCAGCUUCAUCAAGCCUGUUGACAGUGCAGAGCAUCUAUCGCUCUGGCAGUAAUAAUGUGAGUUUGGAAUAAUUUAACAAGUAACGAUGUCACAAAUAAAAAAAAAAUCACCGGAGUAAAAUUAUAAAACUUACAAAAAAUAUGUAGUGGAGUAAAAGUGGAAGUAUGAGAAAAAAAGAAUACUGUAAUAGAUACAGAUGUAGCAUUGUACUAUACCUGAGUACAGUAGGGAAGUAGCUCUACUUCUUUACUAUACAUCUCUGGUUAUUGAGUUUUGUACCUAGUAGAAACAACUCGUCAGUAGUUUCAGGCUAGGUUACACAAAAGAUAGUAGCCUCCAGCGACUGGACCUGUCACCUGUUUACAGUAAAUUUCCCUGAUGGCUUUGGGACCAUGCAGUCUAGAUCUACAAAAACGGCGUGUGGAGCUUGUGAGGGACUGGAGCAAACACAUAAGCUCCCUUCUGGACCUCCUCUUCAAUAUGGGAACAGUGACCGAGGAGGACCUCAGCCUUAUAAGAGGUGGGGGACAUACAGGGGAGCUGGACUGCAUGAGGACGCUUCUGGAUGUUCUACAAGGCAGAGGAGAGGAGGCAUGCCGUGCCUUCCAGUUUGUGUUGUCCAACUUCAAGACUUCGACUGCCAGUGAAACUGGAAAAGCCAAGCUCUUCCCGCAGAACACACAUAACAUGCAGAAAGUACUUAAGGAAGGUCUCCAGAAACACAAGGACAUCCUAGCUAAGCACCAUGGUCCAGUAUUAUCCAGCUACCUCAGCUCUGCUAGACAAACCUCCAGAUCUGCUGAGGUGGACACUUUCACAGACAUCACUUUCUGUAGGCAGGUGGGAUACCCAGUGCCACUGCAGUACCAACACGAGGCAACUGUGGUCGGGGAUUCUUUCAGAGCAAGCAGAGAUGAAGCUAAAAGAAGGGGUCAGACCUGUGCUUUUAGAGAAUUGUACCAGAGUCUGCUUUGUGUCUCAGAGGAUGGCGUGGCACUGCUUUCAGGGGUCGCUGGAAGCGGCAAAACUACAGUGAUUAAGCGUCUAGUUCAACAGUGGGCUGCAGAUGUAGAUGCACAAAAAAUCGUCCUGUCCAUGUCUUUCCGUGAACUAAGCUUGAUUACUGAGCCCCAGAGCCUGCAAGGACUUCUGUCGGAUCAUUAUAGCCAUUUAAAACCUGUCCUACCAGAGUUAUUGACUUCAACCCAGGGCCAGGUUGUGCUUAUCCUGGAUGGGCUUGAUGAGUUCUGUUUCCCUUUGGACUUUGAACGCACCCCUAAAUGCUCAGACCCUGAGCGGGAACUGUCUGUGGGUGCUCUGGUAGUGAACCUGAUAAAGGGCAACCUCUUGCCUGGCACUUCAAUUCUCCUCACUUCCCGUCCCCAUGCUGUUGCCAAAGUACCCCAGCUGCUGGUCAGGCAGUUCUACAGUGUGUUAGGGUUUUCCCCAGCUCAACAGAAGCAGUACUUUGAGCAGAACUGCAGCUCCAGCCAAGCUGCAGCUACAGUGUGGAGUUUUGUGUCCUCCCACAAACCAAUUCAGCUUAUGUGCCACAUCCCUGCCUUCUGCUGGAUUGUCUCCACGGCUUUGCACGAAGGCACUUCUUGCCUCUUUUUUGACACUGUACAGACGGGUGCUGCAUCACAAGAAAAUGGAAGUGACAGCACUAAGGAAGUAAGUGGUGCUGAAUGCUCUGAUCAGUCCUCAUCUGAUCCUAAUGCAUUGUUGGCAAAUGGUCCGGCUGCUCAGAGUGUCUGCAGGCCAACCACUGUCACUGAGAUCUACUGCUGCUUCCUUAAAUCCAUCGUGGUCUUCCAUGUGGGUGGAUGCAUGGAGGGCAUGCACCUCAACAGGCUUCAGGAUGCCCCUCGUGUCUUAAGGGAGAACAAAGGCAUGCUCAGGUGUCUCGGCGCCUUGGCCUUCAGAGGCCUGCUGGAGAGGCGAUUUGUCUUUGACCUCUCGGACCUAAGCUCGUUCUCACUGGACAGCUGUGAGCUAACACAAGCGUUCACAGUGGAAGUCCUUAAAGAGGACAAAGCUUCUCUCACUUACGAGAAGAGCUUCCAUUUCAUUCACACCAGUGUGCAGGAGUUCCUAGCUGCACUUUAUUAUGUGCUGGAAUCAUUCUCAGGGUCGGAUCCAUUCUCAGGACUUAAGCCAGCAGUGCCAGCAUUGCACAAGCAUCUGAUGUCUUUUGUUAACAAGCUGCGACGGCCAAAACGAGUCUUACACAAAAGAGUCAAGAAAGCUUUCCGUUGUGGAGAGAGUCAUCAGUCUGGACACAUGGACCUCUUCUGCAGGUUCGUGUCUGGCCUUUUCGUCCCUAAGACCCGCUUCAUCUUGGAUGGUCUUUUCUCUGGCGAGCACAGGCCUCGACUGGCCUCGUGCAUGAAUUUGCCCUCUGUGACCCCUCCAUUCGUUGUGAAGUUGCUACGUUCACAGCUUCACAGCUCCAGCCUCAGCCCAGAGAGGCAGCUGAACAUAUGCCACUGCCUUUACGAGGCUCAAGACUCCGAGCUGUCCCUGCAUCUCCAGCACUGGCUGACUGUUCUUUCCCAGCAGACAUCAGGACAGUGUGCUUUACUGAACAGAGACUGGAGUGAGCUGGCUUUUCUGCUGCAGCUCUGCCCAGAUCUGCAGCAGCUGAAACUGGAUGCUCAGGAGCUGGAUGCUGUAGGACUACGCAGACUGCUGCCUGUUCUUCCCCUCUUCUCCACUCUCAGUCUUGCACAGAAUCCUCUUGGUCCAGAGGGAGCAGAGGUGCUAUCUUUGGCACUGCGCAGUCCAGAUUGUCAAAUUGAGCAUCUGUGGGUGGUAUCAACAGACCUGGGCUGUGAGGGAUUCAGAAACUUGGCAGAGGGACUUAAAGACAAUCGAACAGUGUUUGAUCUCCGGAUGGCAAUAAAUCAUAUUGGUGACACUGGAGCUGCCUGCCUUGCUGAACUAUUGAAGACUAAUCGCACUCUGAGAGAUAUCAGACUCAGAGAUAAUUUAGUGACUGACAGCGGGGCAGAACUUCUGAUGGAAGCCCUAACGGAGAACACCACCUUAGAAUACCUCUGGCUGUUUGACAACAAGCUUUCCAAGGAGUGUGUUCAGAAGCUGAAAGAAUUUUCAAAGAGCAGAUCCACACUUGACAUUAAAGUCUGUUUCUGAAUCGCACCCAGGAACACAUUUCAUAUGUGGGACUAGUAUUAGUAAUAUUACUGAGACAUGCUUUUCUUGUAUUAUGUGUGGGUCAUAAAUUGGUGAGAGGGCAUAUGUGCAACUAAUAAUGGAUUUUAUGUUACGUUUUUCUUCCUUUUACAAAGAGGCACAUUACGGUUUAAACAAAAAAAAUAUUUUUAUGUAAAUUAAAGAUUUUAUUCUUUUAUGAAUUGAAUAUGUAGCCAUAAGACCAAGUUAUUAUGAAAUCACCAUUGUUUUAAAUGGAAGAAUAUGCAGGGGUCUCAAUAGGGCUAGAUAACCAAACUGUUCAUGCACAUUCUUGGUAUUCUGAGGCUUUGAACAAUGUCUGCAUCAAUUCAUCUGCAUCACAUGCAGGGGAGAGAAGGGAAAAGUAAAUACUGAUUUUUUAAUGUGCUGUCAUGUGAUUUUAAGAUUUACUAUGGGGAAAUAACUGACCUUUCUUAUAUGUUGCUUUUCACCCCACCAUUCCUUUCAGCCAACCAAAUCAAAACUUUUGGCUACUGUGGACAAGGCUACAUUUCUACUGGGAAUUCUCAGUAUUCAUUUUUUAGAUUGUAAUACCUUAUACAUUAUCUUCUGUGGUCUAACUGUCACAGUGAAACUGUGAUUUAAAUCUAUUUAUUUUCAGAUUAUACUUUUGUAAUGUUUAUAUACAAUAAAGUGUUGUAUGUUUUCAGUUUUUA